AUGGCGGCCGUGGAGCUCGAGUGGAUCCCAGAGACUCUGUAUAACACGGCCAUCUCCGCUGUGGUGGACAACUACAUCCGCUCCCGCCGCGACAUCCGCUCCUUGCCCGAGAACAUACAGUUCGACGUGUACUACAAGCUAUACCAGCAGGGACGCUUGUGUCAACUGGGCAGUGAAUUUUGUGAAUUGGAAGUUUUUGGUAAAGUAUUGAGAGCUUUGGAUAAAAGACAUUUGCUUCAUCAUUGUUUCCAGGCUCUGAUGGAUCACGGUGUGAAAGUUGCUUCAGUCUUAGCCUACUCAUUCAGUAGACGGUGCUCGUAUAUAGCGGAGUCGGAUGCUGCGGUAAAGGAGAAAGCCAUUCAGGUCGGCUUUGUCUUAGGUGGCUUUCUCUCAGAUGCAGGCUGGUACAGUGAUGCCGAGAAGGUGUUUCUGUCUUGCCUCCAGUUGUGUACUCUUCAUGAUGAGAUGCCUCAUUGGUUUCGUGCAGUAGAAUGUUGUGUGAGAUUGCUUCACGUGCGAAAUGGAAACUGCAAGUACCAUUUGGGUGAAGAAACGUUUAAGUUAGCUCAGACAUAUAUGGAUAAACUCUCAAAACAUGGCCAGCAAGCAAACAAAGCUGCACUCUAUGGAGAACUGUGUGCACUCCUGUUUGCAAAAAGUCACUAUGAUGAGGCAUACAAAUGGUGCAUUGAGGCAAUGAAAGAAAUCACAACAAGCUUACCAGUCAAAGUCGUGGUGGAUGUUUUAAGACAAGCCUCUAAGGCUUGUGUUGUAAAACGUGAAUUUAAGAAAGCAGAGCAGUUAAUUAAACAUGCAGUGUAUUUGGCACGGGAUCAUUUUGGAUCCAAACACCCAAAAUACUCUGAUACACUGCUAGAUUAUGGGUUCUACUUACUCAAUGUAGAUAAUAUCUGUCAGUCUGUUGCAAUUUAUCAGGCAGCCCUUGACAUUCGGCAGUCAGUGUUCGGUGGCAAAAAUAUUCACGUAGCAACAGCUCAUGAAGACUUGGCGUAUUCGUCUUAUGUUCACCAGUACAGCUCUGGGAAAUUUGACAACGCACUGUUUCAUGCAGAAAGAGCUAUUGGUAUCAUUACCCACAUCCUACCUGAAGAUCAUCUUCUUUUGGCUUCUUCAAAGAGGGUGAAAGCACUUAUUUUAGAGGAGAUUGCUAUUGACUGUCAUAAUAAAGAAACUGAACAGAGGCUGCUUCAAGAAGCUCAUGAUUUGCAUCUGUCUUCACUCCAACUAGCUAAAAAAGCUUUUGGAGAAUUUAAUGUACAGACUGCAAAACACUAUGGAAACCUUGGAAGACUUUAUCAGUCAAUGAGGAAAUUUAAGGAAGCUGAAGAAAUGCACAUCAAAGCAAUUCAGAUUAAAGAACAACUUCUUGGUCAAGAAGAUUAUGAAGUAGCCCUUUCAGUGGGACAUCUGGCUUCUUUAUAUAAUUAUGACAUGAAUCAGUAUGAAAAUGCCGAGAAACUUUAUUUGCGAUCUAUAGCAAUUGGGAAGAAACUUUUCGGUGAAGGCUACAGUGGACUGGAAUAUGAUUACCGAGGUCUCAUUAAACUUUACAACUCCAUUGGAAAUUAUGAGAAAGUGUUUGAGUAUCACAAUGUUCUAUCUAACUGGAACCGGUUACGAGAUCGGCAGUAUUCCGUGACCGAUGCUCUUGAAGACGUCAACACCAGCCCCCAGUCCACUGAAGAAGUGGUGCAGUCCUUCCUGAUUGCUCAGAAUGUCGAGGGACCCAGCUGCUGA